CCGUAACAAUCGUUAAAACCGUAGUCUCAUCCAUUUAAAAUUUUUAUAAAAAAUGUAUUUCAGAUUUUCUGACAUUCAAGUUUGUUUGACAAACUCAUCGGUAUCUUGAACCGACCUUCGCCGUGAGAAGUCCACUUCCGAUACCCAUAAAUUCAACAUCCACAGGCCACUCCACUCACUGAAACAUCAUGGGGUCCAGAAAGACGCUUUCGUUGUCAUUAUUCUCUUCCUUUGUGUGCCUUAUAGUACUAUGCGCUGACCGCAAUAACGGGUCCGACCCUAAUUACUGGGAAAUCUUCGCCAAAAACGUGACCCAACAAGCCACAAACAAUUUAGGUAGCUUGGAUGACUCAGGAACUAGAAUAACGCAACAAGCGCACGACAGCUUUAGACCAGUUCGAGAAAUGCAGUCAAAAUUGGGCUUAAAAAACGGAAAUGGUGGUUCUAAGCUUGCCAUUUUCAGAGAUAGACGUUUCGUUAUAGAUGACGGCAUGUUUGAGUGUUAUGGCAACAUUUCCAUUAGAGACGGUUCCUGUUCUGGUAGUCUCCGCAAAUUUAGGUUUAAAGACAAGAAGGAAUAUUUUUGUCGUCUUCCAAUACAAGUGACUGUCAACAACUGGUACUGCAUUUCCAAUAGUCCUGUUAAUUUGUAUUUUAGCGAAGCUUAUUAUCAAUGUAUCAGCGUUGAUAAAGGAAUGGUUUUGUGGAUUAUGAAGAAGGGGUAUUCGGUUUUCUGCGGAAGGAGACGACCAUAGUGCUGACGUACAUUGUUCUAAUACUAAACCCUGUGUUUGUACAUUGACAGAA